UUCUACCCUUUGUUUAAUAUUCAUGACAUUGCUGAUAUGCUUGAAUAUCAUUGGCUGUGACGAUUUCUGCCCUGCUCUAUAUUAAUGAGCUUCGUUCUCUGAUUACUGUGUGGUUUUUUUUCGAUUUUUUUUUUAACGGGUGUGCUACAGUGACUGAGAAUAUACUGUUACAACUAUCGGUGUAACACUUGCGCUCUACACGAGUAUUACUGAAUUUAAAAGAGUGAAUACAAAAAAAAACUAAAGGAUUUCAACUUGAAUAUGCAGAUUCGCUGUGAUCGAAUUGGUUGAUCGCUGUUAUUUUCAAACCCCGGAAAAGUAUUCUGUUGGACAAUAGGAGCGCUCUCUUAGAGCUCCUCUAAAAAGUGGGGACUUCCAAGUCAAACAUAAACUGCUCCAAAUGUUGUUUGUAAACUUGAACUCGGUGUAGAAACGAUGCCGUGAAGAAACGAAAUUGUAAAUAAUGUCUAUGAAACGUGUUUACAAACGAGAAGCGUAAGAAGAUAAGACCAUUAAAUUAAAUUAAACAGCCGCCUUCAGUAUUGCACAGCCGGAGAGUUUGUAGACGGUGCCUGCGCGCUGGGGGAAGAGGAGGAUACAGCUGAGAAUAUCGACUGGGAACAAGAAGAAAAGAACAAAACAAAUCAAAAAAUAAACAUUAAAACACGGGAAGAUGCGGUAGCACGCCUCGGAACUGCACGGCGACGUACAUGAAACGCAGUGCCGGUUGGUUGCAGUCUCUGCAGUAUGGACCCUGACAAUAGCAGCUGCAGUUCAGGUGUGACUGGUCCCAGUCCGUCUCGCAGACUGGUGGACCUGCAGUUCCCAAACUACAGCGCGGUGCUGCUGGAGCACCUGAAUCAGCACCGCGAGGAGGGCAAGUUCUGCGACCUGGCGGUGCACGUGAGGGGGCAGGUGUUCCGCGCACACAAGGCUGUGCUGGCCGCCUCCUCCUCCUACUUCCAUGACAAGCUGAUGCUGAGGGACAGCGACGUCAUUGCCCUGCCCAGUGUGAUCGAACCCAGGGCCUUCGCAGGGCUGCUGGGGCUCAUAUACACCGGCCGGCUGCGGGUCACAGUGCAGGACAUGCCCAGCUACUUGCUGGUGGCCAGCGGCCUGCAGCUCUGGCAUGUUGUGGACCGAUGUAAAGAGAUACUGAAGAGGGAAGAGGAGCAGAAGCAUUUCAGUAAGAAGAGAUCGUACAGAAACUGUCGCUCCACCUCCCAGUCUCCCAGUAGCAGCCAAGUAGUGGUGGGGUGUCGAGAGGAUACUGGGGGCAGAGACUGCGCAGCGAGGGUGCACACUCAGGAGGGACUGGCUGUGAGGAGAGAGUGGGAGGGGGGCAGGCAAGGGGGCCCCGAGGGGCAGGAGGGGGAGGACGGGCCGUGUCUCAGACCCAGCAGCAACAGCAAGACCAAGGAGGAGCUGUACUACUCUACAGAACGAGAGGACCAUUAUUACUAUAGCAACAGCAACAACACCACCGGCAAAGACGAGGAGUAUGAGGUGGAUGAGGACAUGGAGGGGGCAGAGACUGAGGAUGAUGAUGUCAUCAAGGUGCAUGUCCAAUCAGAGGAGGAGGAUGAGGAGGAGGAGGGAGGGGUGCUGAAUGCAGAAAGGAGGAGAGAUGGAGAAGGAGAGAUUUGCAGUGGCUCUAUUGAUGAGAACGGGAGGAUGGUGAUGAUUGAGGUCGACAGAGAGAGGGGGAGAGAGAGGAAGAGGGGGCCGCUGGAGAGGGAGGCAGCAGCCAGCUAUUCAUACAAGCUUGUACACAAACAGGACAGCCAACCAAGCCCGGAGCACAGACAACAAGCCCUUUCAAAUUCCUCAAACUGGUUUUCCACAGCCGCAGGGGCAGCAAGUGUGCACGACUCGAGCGGGGGGGCUUUCUCGAGCAUGGGGGAGCUCCGACUGGGGCGACUGGGAACGCUGGGAGCUGGCAGCGGACUGGUUCAUGUGAAGGAGGAGAGUUGGGAGGAGGGUGAGAGAGAAGGGAAAGUGCAGACCAACGGGAGUGGACAGGGAAUGAACUUCAUUGAUUCCAUCAGUGGAAGUGUUACCUGUAAGAGUAAUGAUGAGGUGAGCCAGGCUGGUUUCACUGUGUACUCCGAGGGAGCGGGUGGGAGGAGCAGUGACUGUUUCCUGCUCUCUGCCCUGCACAGCAAGGAGCCCGGCCCGGUCUCUCUGCUGGCUGCUGGGUCGGUCGUGGUGGAUUCUGCCUCUUUCCCCGACGGCACCAGAGUCAUCGCAGACCCCACGGGUUACCCUGCCAACGCUGUCACCCAGCAACCCAUGGAUAUCCACGGCAACGAGAUCGUCACUCACGCCUCUCUGGGCCAGGCAGUGCACGCCCCGGUCAAGAUUCUGUCCGUGGAGCCCGACGGCAAGCGAUUCGGCUGCCUGUGUGGAAAGCGCUUCGCGGUGAAGCCCAAGAGAGACCGGCACAUCAUGCUGACCCUGAGCGUGCGUCCCUUCGACUGCUCCGUCUGCGAGAAGAAGUUCAAACUGAAGCACCACCUGAACGAGCACAUGAAGACACACAUGGGCUUCCUGUACAAGUGUGAGCGCUGCGGCCGCAAGUUCAGAAUGAGGAGCUGCUACCUGAAGCACCUGCAGCAGGAGGAGGAGCAGCUGCAGCAGCAAAGUGCCAGUGCAAGCAGCGUGCUGUGAGGGAGUGAGAGCGAGGGCGAGGGAGUGAGAGCGAGGGUGAGGGAGUGAGAGCGAGGGUGAGGGAGCGAGGGUGAGGGAGUGAGAGCGAGGGUGAGGGAGUGAGGGCGAGGGAGUGAGUGAGAGCGAGGGUGAGGGAGUGAGAGCGAGGGUGAGGGAGUGAGAGUGAGGGCGAGGGAGUGAGAGCGAGGGCGAGGGAGUGAGAGCGAGGGUGAGGGAGUGAGAGCGAGAGUGAGGGAGUGAGAGCGAGGGUGAGGGAGUGAGAGCGAGGGAGUGAGAGUGAGAGCGAGGGAGUGAGAGUGAGAGCGAGGGAGAGGGAGUGAGAGCGAGGGUGAGGGAGUGAGAGAGAGGGAGUGAGAGCGAGGGCGAGGGAGUGAGAGCGAGGGAGUGAGAGUGAGGGUGGGGGAGUCAGGGUGAGUGUGAGGGUGGGUAUGAAUGUGUGUCAGUGUGUGUGUGUCAGCGUGUGUGUGUGUCAGUGUGUGUGUGUGUGCGUGUGUGUCAGUGUGUGUCAUUGUGUGUGUGUGUCAGUGUGUGUGUGCGUGUGUGUCAGUGUGUGUGUCAGUGUGUGUGUGUCAGUGUGUGUGUGUCAGUGUGUGUGUGUCAGUGUGUGUGUGUGCGUGUCAGUGUGUGUGUGUGUGUCAGUGUGUGUGUGUGUCAGUGUGUGUGUGCUCAUGCGCGUGCGUGUGUCUCAGAGUGUAGACUCAUGAACUAAAGCACACACAUGCUGACACACGCUGACGCACACACGCUGACACACACAUACACGCACAAACUUGGUUUAUCGAAGGACAGUCCUCUCGUUUGAUGGAAACCCUGAAGCAGCCCUUCAUCGUGAUCACAGCAAUGUGUGGCUCACACUGUACAGGACUCACUGCUGCUUAACCAGCAACAUUCAUACUGUGGGCACUUCAGUACAAUGUUAGUCAAUCUACAAAAGGAUGUCAUUGAGUUCCCUGGAGUUCUGUAAAUAGUAACGUGAACUUUAUUAAGCAGCCUUGCUGGAGAUGGAAGGACAUGUUUAGAAUCUCCCUUCACUUCAGUGUCUGCAUGUGGAGUGUUUGUGAGAGGGCAGGGGGCUCCUCUGCACUGGAGAUGGUUCCUAGGCUGGCAGUGACAGCUCCCCUGCGAGAGCAGCACGCUGCCACACUGCCUUUAGAAGAGACUGAAGCCUUCACCGUUAACACUUCAUCUCUCUAAUGCUUUCAUUUUGUAAAAUUGUGUUUUGCUAAAAUGCCUUUUUGAAAAGAAGAAAUACAAAAAUAAGCACUUAAUGUUAUUCUGCAAAGGUUACUUUUGUCAGUUUUUAUCCUGUGUGUGUGUAAAACAGGUCCGAUCCAUCUUCAUGGGUAUACAUGCCCCUGUGAAUCUCACCCUGCCCCUGUGAUCCCAUCCAUCCUCAUGGGUAUACAUGCCCCUGUGAAUCUCAUCCUGCCCCUGUGAUCCCAUCCAUCCUCAUGGGUAUACAUGCCCCUGUGAAUCUCACCCUGCCCCUGUGAUCCGAUCCAUCCUCAUGGGUAUACAUGCCCCUGUGAAUCUCACCCUGCCCCUGUGAUCCCAUCCAUCCUCAUGGGUAUACAUGCCCCUGUGAAUCUCACCCUGCCCCUGUGAUCCGAUCCAUCCUCAUGGGUAUACAUGCCCCUGUGAAUCUCACCCUGCCCCUGUGAUCCGAUCCAUCCUCAUGGGUAUACAUGACCCUGUGAAUCUCACCCUGCCCCUGUGAUCCCAUCCAUCCUCAUGGGUAUACAUGCCCCUGUGAAUCUCACCCUGCCCCUGUGAUCCGAUCCAUCCUCAUGGGUAUACAUGCCCCUGUGAAUCUCACCCUGCCCCUGUGAUCCGAUCCAUCCUCAUGGGUAUACAUGCCCCUGUGAAUCUCACCCUGCUCCUGUGAUCCGAUCCAUCCUCAUGGGUAUACAUGCCCCUGUGAAUCUCACCCUGCCCCUGUGAUCCAAUCCAUCCUCAUGGGUAUACAUGCCCCUGUGAAUCUCACCCUGCCCCUGUGAUCCCAUCCAUCCUCAUGGGUAUACAUGACCCUGUGAAUCUCACCCUGCCCCUGUGAUCCCAUCCAUCCUCAUGGGUAUACAUGCCCCUGUGAAUCUCACCCUGCCCCUGUGAUCCAAUCCAUCCUCAUGGGUAUACAUGCCCCUGUGAAUCUCACCCUGCCCCUGUGAUCCGAUCCAUCCUCAUGGGUAUACAUGCCCCUGUGAAUCUCACCCUGCCCCUGUGAUCCGAUCCAUCCUCAUGGGUAUACAUGCCCCUGUGAAUCUCACCCUGCCCCUGUGAUCCGAUCCAUCCUCAUGGGUAUACAUGCCCCUGUGAAUCUCACCCUGCCCCUGUGAUCCGAUCCAUCCUCAUGGGUAUACAUGCCCCUGUGAAUCUCACCCUGCCCCUGUGAUCCCAUCCAUCCUCAUGGGUAUACAUGCCCCUGUGAAUCUCACCCUGCCCCUGUGAUCCGAUCCAUCCUCAUGGGUAUACAUGCCCCUGUGAAUCUCACCCUGCCCCUGUGAUCCCAUCCAUCCUCAUGGGUAUACAUGCCCCUGUGAAUCUCACCCUGCCCCUGUGAUCCGAUCCAUCCUCAUGGGUAUACAUGCCCCUGUGAAUCCCACCCUGCCCCUGUGAUCCGAUCCAUCCUCAUGGGUAUACAUGCCCCUGUGAAUCCCACCCUGCCCCUGUGAUCCCAUCCAUCCUCAUGGGUAUACAUGCCCCUGUGAAUCCCACCCUGCCCCUGUGAUCCGAUCCAUCCUCAUGGGUAUACAUGCCCCUGUGAAUCCCACCCUGCCCCUGUGAUCCCAUCCAUCCUCAUGGGUAUACAUGCCCCUGUGAAUCUCACCCUGCCCCUGUGAUCCCAUCCAUCCUCAUGGGUAUACAUGCCCCUGUGAAUCUCACCCUGCCCCUGUGAUCCGAUCCAUCCUCAUGGGUAUACAUGCCCCUGUGAAUCUCACCCUGCCCCUGUGAUCCCAUCCAUCCUCAUGGGUAUACAUGCCCCUGUGAAUCUCACCCUGCCCCUGUGAUCCCAUCCAUCCUCAUGGGUAUACAUGCCCCUGUGAAUCUCACCCUGCCCCUGUGAUCCGAUCCAUCCUCAUGGGUAUACAUGCCCCUGUGAAUCUCACCCUGCCCCUGUGAUCCGAUCCAUCCUCAUGGGUAUACAUGCCCCUGUGAAUCCCACCCUGCCCCUGUGAUCCCAUCCAUCCUCAUGGGUAUACAUGCCCCUGUGAAUCUCUCUGCCCCUGUGAUUUGAUCCAUCCUCAUGGGUAUACAUGCCCCUGUGAAUCUCACCCUGCCCCUGUGAUCCGAUCCAUCCUCAUGGGUAUACAUGCCCCUGUGAAUCUCACCCUGCCCCUGUGAUCCCAUCCAUCCUCAUGGGUAUACAUGCCCCUGUGAAUCUCACCCUGCCCCUGUGAUCCAAUCCAUCCUCAUGGGUAUACAUGCCCCUGUGAAUCUCACCCUGCCCCUGUGAUCAGAUCCAUCCUCAUGUUUCUGUAUUGCAGGUUUUGGCAGGAAGAUGAUGAAAAAACACAGCAGACAGAAGAUCAGGCCCUCUGAAUCAGGGCGAGGCCGCUUUUAGAAAGAGCACGUAACAAAUUCAAUCAUUUUAGUGUACAUGAGAUGCAGUAUUAACAAAUGACCACAAGAGGGCGCACAGUCCUUGCACAAAACAAAAAGAAAAAAGUGAUCCUGUAGUCGGGACGUUCAUUCAAAAACUCUUUUAAGGAUGAUGCAAAUUCCACAUUCACACAUUGCUCAAGUGAUUUCAUUUUAGUGAGAGAUUGAGAUUCCCUGAGUUCAAAGUGAAUGAUGGUUUUAAUCCACUAACAUCUUGUCAGUAGAAGUCUUGUGCUCUUAAAGACCCUUGUAGCGCUGGGUCGGAUGCAGGCUGUGUUUUAGACAGCUAGCCUUUCAGUGACAGGGUUUAUGUUGCACAUCUUACACAUUUAUCUGGAUAACAAGCAUACCGUGCCUCAGAGGUAUUCUUUCAAGCUAAAUUACGUUUUUUUUACUACAGUUUCAAAAUACAUUUUCUGUCGGCAUCAACAAAAAAAGUGAAACGAAUAUUAUUGUGAAAUAAAAUCUCACCAUCAACAAGGUUGCAGAAUACUUAAAAACAGACUCGCUGUGACUUCAGAACCAGCUGAGCUUACACGUGUGUGCGAUUAGCAAACACGCUGCACUUUCACUACGUUCUGUCAGCAUCAAAACAGCAGGACUGCAGCGUGAAAGGGCAGCGUCGUGGCGGGCAGGGCAGGGCAGGUCUGGGCACACCCGGAGGGAGCCUCAGAGGCAGGAAGCUGCAGUUUAAAGAGAUGGAUGAGCAUGUUUAUUUACAAAAAACAAGGGAACAAGGUACAAGGACCCAAAUAAAAGGGCUAAACAAAACUCAACAAAUCAAACCGCAAGCACUGCUGUCAUGGUGUCUCUUACCUGCUUCGUUCAGGCUGGGCAUCCACCUUCUCAGAACUCUCCGUCCAAACGCCUCGUUCUCAAACAAAGGAUGCGCUUCCCUUUUUAUACAUGAGGCCAUUCCCAAUCAGCACCCAAUUAUCCACUCUGGGAACAGCCACAUUAUACAGGGAUGGAAUUAACCCUAUCCCUGCCAAACUUAAAUUCAAGAGAAUAAAUCUUUAUUUAUUCUCUGUGACCUGUGAAAAGUAAUUCUCAGCAGUUACUUUGUUAAACCCCUUGACAAUUUGAAAUGCCUCUGUUAGUCACCUUUGGCUCUCCUUCUUCCUAGGCUCUACAGAUUCAGCUCUUUCAGUCUAUCUUCAUAUGACAUGCUCUUCAAUCCUGGAAUGAAUCGUGUUGCUCUCUGUACUCUCUCCAAUGCCUCAAUGUCUUUUUUAUGAUAUGGGGACCAGAACUGGAGACACUAUUCUAGGUGUGGUUGUACCAGUGCAUUAUAUAAUGAAUAUAACUUCUCUUAAUUUGAAUUCAGCUGUCUUGGCUGUAUAACCUAACAGUCUAUGUGCCUUUUUUGUAGCUUCUCCACACUGUCUAGUUGGCUUAAGAGUUUCAUGCACUACGACCCCCAAGUCCUUUUCAUGCAUAGCCUCCUCUAUUUCGUUACUAUUCAUGCUGUAUUUGCCUCUAAUGUUUUAGCACCUGAAGUGCAAGACUUUGCAUUUAUUCAAAUUCAUUUCCACCUGCCAUGUGUCAGCCCAAGCUUGAAUCUUGUCUAAAUCUCUUUGUGUUAUUGAAGUUGCUGAGUGGGAGUUGGCUGCCCCUCCCAGUCCCCUUUCAAGUACAAAAUGUAACUAUUAACAAAUGAGGGUUUCCCUCCUAAAGACCCGAAACCUCAAUAAGCUAUAACAAAGCUGCUCAGCCUGCUAUAGUUUUGCAUUUAUUGUGUUUUUACACAAAGUGAUAUUAAAAAGGACGGUGUAUUUGUGCACUACAGCCUGUUUGCUACGUCCCGCUGCGGCCUUGUGCUCCGCGUGAAGCCACCGAACCAACCUGGUAUUGUCCCGGUUCCGCCCUGCCCCCUGCCAGUGCUUACAUCCCCGGUCCGGUACCCAGACGGUCUUGUUGGGGUCUUGACCUGCCCCGUCACUGUCUGUACCUGCACAUUAUUCCUGUACACUGCACUGCUUCAUGCAGCAUGCCUGGGUUCUAUCCCUGUUGAAGACAGGCACGUCUGAUGCUCUUCCUGCCUGGUGCAAGGAGGCUCUGGUGAACCGCAGUCAUGUGAGCUUUGUGCAUGUUCAUAACCUGCACAGAGCUCCACCUCCCUCACCCCUGCACAGCGCUCCACCUCCCUCACUCCUGCA